AUGAAUAUACUUUAUGUUUUGAUUGUUCUUCUAGAUAUAACAGUUGCUCCUACUUCUGUUACUGUUCCUAUUUAUGAGACAGCGAGUUUUACUUGUGAAGGAACUGGCAAUGAACUGAAUUGGCUAGUAGGGAGUGCUUCACUGACAGAAUCAGUUAAACAACAUAGAGGCAUCACAUUUACUGAUCCUGGUGGUGGUCCUGGUACCUUAUCAUCAGUACUUACUAUCAGUGGGUUACCUGUUAAUGAUGGGAUUGGGAUUGGUUGUUUCAUAGUAUCAUACCCACCUUAUGAACAAGUGUUCUCUAACACUAGUACACUAACAAUAAGAGGAAUAUCACCAGUUGAAGACAUACAAUGGUCUAUUGAUAAUCAUUCUUUGUCAUGGUCUCCUCCUUCUUUCUAUUCUGAUGAUAUACCACAAGGAACUAUCACUACAUAUAAUGUACUAGUGAAUGGUAUCAGUUAUAUCAGCACUACUGAUACUAGUGUAUGGUUGAAUACUACUGGAUUACCUUGUACUAAUGUUACUGUCAGUAUUACUGCAUCUAUUGGACAAUAUGUAUCACAAAGGAGGGAACAUAGUUUUAAUAUCACUGGAAAUCAUACUAUUAAUUAUGACAAUAUCACAUUGACUUUUGACGAUUCAAGCCAGACAUUUGUUGCUAAUUUCAAUAUCUCAAUACACAGUACUCAAUUGUGUAAGUAUAUGAUAGUUGGUAGAGUUGAUCCUGAUGAAGGAAUAAAACAAAACACUCAAACUGUCCAAGCAGAUGACAAAGAAGAGAUGUUUUCAUACAAAAUGACUGGAUUAAGACCCUGUACAGCUUAUACUGCUUAUAUAGAAACUUAUGAAAAUACUGUUAAAAUUCCAUUUUCUACAUAUAAUGUACAAGAUCUGCUAGUAUCUACUGAAGGGAAUGGAUCAGUUAGUGUACAGUGUGUGUUUGUAUCAGGAUCAACUGCUGAUGGAUGUCAUGUGAUAUUUACUGAUACUAGUAAUGGAAGAAAUGAACACUUUAAUAUAACUGGAUCAGAUAAUAGUGCACUGGUAACAUUAUCAACCAGUGGAGUAUAUAAUGUAACAGCACAUGAUGUAAAUGAUGAUGGAAGUAUUGCUCCAUGGACUUGUGUACAACCUAAACAAGUUAACGUGACUAUUGCUCCUGCUAAACCUUCUAUUAGUGGCACCAGUAAUUUCAUUAGUUCAUUAUAUUCUACUAUAAAUGAGGCUCCUACAUCUCAAUUACCAACUCUAACUCCAACUGAUAUCAUUGAAGGAACUGAUAGCCCACCGAAUAGUUCUGAAACUGGCAGUAACUCCAUUCUUUAUGGAUUGAUUGGUGCUGGUUUAUUGAUGAUAGUAGUAAUAGUCAUAGUGGUAGCAUAGUCACUGAUGUGUAAGAGACAAACUAAAAAGGAAGGGGUUAUUUUGACUUCAGAAAUUGCUGCCUGUCAUCAACCACAAGCAGAGAUGAGUCAUUAUGAGAUACAUGAUCCUAAUGGACCAGUAACUAUUGAUG